UAAUGAUACUUUCAUAAUUAUUUUUUGCUCGUAGUAUUAGGAAAUAUAAAAUAGUGUUUUUAACUAAAAAUCCCAAACUUUUGAAUGAACUUUAUUAAUGUUUGUGUUAAAAACGGAUUAGCUGAAUUUAAAAAAUCAUAAUGCUACUGCAGUGUUUGGGAAAGUGUACACGUUUGACUAGACCCACCAUCAAAUACACAACAAGUGGUUAUGGACAACAUCAGCAAUGGAGAUCUUUUACGAUAAGGCACAAUAAUAAUAUAUCAGGGAAACUCCAUACAAACAUUAAGGCAAGGGGUCAACUAUUGACCACACCACUUAUCAGACAAAAUGUGUGGUUAGUAAGAUUAAAAAAUACGGCGCCAGAGCUAAGAAAGGCAAAGUCUCCCAAAGUUAAGCUAAAGAGAAGUGAUAUUAUGCGUUUAAUGAGUUUGGCGAAAUCAGAAAAAUUAGUUUUAGCAGCUGCCAUUGGUUGUCUGGUUAUCUCCUCAACUAUAACCAUGAGUGUACCCUUUGCAUUGGGUAAAAUUUUGGAUAUUAUAUUUAAAAAAGAGGGAGCUGAUGGCGAAGAAGCUUUAGAUAGACUAAAACAUUUUUCUGGAAUUCUAUUGGGCAUAUUUGUGGUAGGCGGUUUGGCAAAUUUUGGCAGAGUUUAUUUGUUCAACAGUGCCUCUUUACGUAUUGUGCGUAAUUUACGUUCCAAUCUGUAUAGAUGUAUGUUGCAUCAAGAAGUGGGCUGGUUUGAUAAAAAAGGCACUGGUGAGUUGGUUAAUCGUUUGGCUACCGACACUUAUUUGGUGGGUAACUCUUUGAGUCAAAAUCUAUCGGAUGGUUUACGUUCAACUGUAAUGGUUUUGGCUGGCACAACAAUGAUGAUUUACACAUCACCCCAAUUAGCUAUGAUAAGCACCUGUGUGGUGCCUUGUGUGGCAGGGGUAGCUGUAAUAUAUGGUCGCUAUGUGCGCACAAUAACCCGACAAUUGUUGGACAAAUUGGCCGAUAUAUCCAAAUCGGCUGAGGAACGCCUGGGCAAUGUUAAAACCGUGAAAACAUUUACAAAGGAGGAACAGGAAUGUAAAUCAUACGAUAAUCUGUUAACACAGGCUUUAAAUAUUGGCUACAAAGAAGUAAUGGCCAAGGCUUUAUUCUUUGGUGUGACGGGCAUGUCGGGCAAUAUAAUCAUUGUUUCGGUGUUAUAUUAUGGCGGCACUUUGGUAGUGCAAGAUGCCUUAACUAUUGGUGCUUUAACCUCAUUCAUAUUAUAUGCUGGCUAUUCGGCCAUCUCCAUUAAUGGUCUGUCCAAUUUCUACACAGAAUUAAAUAAAGGUGUAGGCUCGGCUCAACGUAUUUGGGAAAUAUUUGAUCGUAAAUAUACUAUUCCUUUAAAUGUUGGCAUAUUGCCGGAGACAAAACCGCGCGGUGAAGUUGUAUUCGAUAAUGUUAACUUUAAUUUUCCGGCCCGGGCGGAUAAUGUAGUUUUAGACAAUUUUAAUUUAACUUUAAAACCGGGACAGACAACAGCUAUAGUGGGGCGUAGUGGUUCGGGUAAAACCACCAUAGCUACCCUGUUAUUGAGACUAUACGAUCCUUUACAAGGCAGAAUUCUAUUGGAUCAGGUGGAUUUGAGAGAUUUAAGUCCGGCCUGGUUAAGAAAUCAUAUAGGUGCUGUGAGUCAGGAACCUGUGUUAUUUUCUGGCACAAUAAGAGACAAUAUUUUAUAUGGUUUGAAUGAGGGUCAGACGAUAAGUGAUUCGGAAUUUGAAGAAAUUGUGCGUAAAGCUCAUGUUGAUGAAUUCACUUCUCAACUACCUCAAGGUCUCAAUACAAUGGUGGGCCAAAGAGGCAUGAUGUUAAGUGGUGGCCAGAAACAAAGAGUAGCCAUUGCUAGAGCUUUAAUAAAGAAUCCCACCAUUCUCAUAUUGGAUGAGGCGACCAGCGCAUUAGAUUCCGUUUCCGAAGAACUAGUACAAAACGCUCUCGAACAAUUAGCGAAAGGAAGAACUUGUCUCACUAUAGCUCAUCGUUUAUCCACCAUACGUAACGCUGAUUCCAUAGCGGUACUCGACAAUGGACAAAUCGUCGAACAGGGACGCUAUGAGGAGUUAAUAGGACGUGAGACUAGUACGUUUAAGGAAUUGGUUAAGAAACAAGCGUUUCUUAUGAACUCUUGAUGACUUUAUAAUAUGAAACUAAUGUUUUAGUUGACAACUUGUUUUUUUACAUUAGCCAAUUGUUUUUAAGUUUAUUUAUGUUAUAGAAAUUUUUUUGUUUUAUUUUUUUGAAAAGGUACACAAGUUUUAAAGGUUUAUUGUUAUACAAUUAAUUUUAACAUGCAGCAAAAUGGUUGUUAAUUUUGUUGUUAAUAAAGAGAAAAUAAGAAAAUAAAUUUUGAAAUAAAAUUA